CAUGCGGCUGCCAGUCGGAUGUUGUCACCAGGCUGGGCUAGCGCGCUCCCGCUCGGGUCAGGUUAGCGUGUGGAGAAGAGAGGAGCCGCUUUCAGUUGGUGUUUGUCGCCGUCGUCCUCGUGUCAGCCCCGCCCCUGCCGUCGAGAACGCGCCCGAGCCACUCUCCACCUCUCUUUACUCUCCUUAGCGGCGUUACCUGACAGGAGGUGUCAUGGCCCCGCGCAAGACCCCCAAAAGUGGCAGUCCCAGCCCUGGAGCCAGGAGAGAAGCAAAACAUGGAGGGAACAAGAAUGGCAAGAAAGAAGGCCUUUCUGGAAGUUCAUUUUUUACUUGGUUUAUGGUAAUUGCACUGCUGGGAGUAUGGACAUCAGUUGCUGUGGUUUGGUUUGAACUUGUCGAUUAUGAGGAAGUGCUAGCCAAAGCAAAGGACUUCCGUUAUAACUUGUCAGAGGUUCUCCAAGGAAAACUAGGGAUCUAUGAUGCUGAUGGAGAUGGAGAUUUUGAUGUGGAAGAUGCCAAGGCUUUGCUAGGCCUGACCAAAGAUGGCAGUAAUGAAAAUAUUGAUUCACUUGAGGAAGUCCUUAAUAUUUUAGCAGAGGAAAGUUCUGAUUGGUUUUAUGGUUUCCUCUCAUUUCUCUAUGAUGUAAUUACUCCUUUUGAAAUAAUAGAAGAAGAAGAGAGCGAUGCAGCAGAUGAUGUUGAUGGGGAGCAACCUGGAGGGGUUGUCAAGAGAAAAGCUAAAGUCAAAGGACUUAAAGAAAGAUCUGUCCCAGAACAGCAAACUCUAAGAGAUGCUGAAGAGGUUAUCCAACCUGCAAAGGAGCCACAUGUGAGAGCAGAACACAGGAGUGCUGAACCAGAAGCAGAACCAGAAGAUGAGGAUGAAAUCCAGACUUUGCUACGUCAAGUUCUCGACUCGCAAUUCGAAAAAAUAAGUGAAACAGAUGAAGAACAUGUACAUGAUGAAACAAAUUUUCAGGAGGAGAAUAAUGAAAUAUCUGAGGUUCCCACAGUGGAGGAAGACUAUGAUGGAGACCUGGAAGAUAAAAUGCCAGAAGUAUUAGAAACACCAGGAUCUGUCCAUGAAGAACCUGCAAGUGACUAUCAACCAGGAGAGCCAGACAUGGAUGAUAGUCAUGUUACCUACGAAUAUCACACACAUGCGGAAGAAGACACAUAUGAAUCAGAAGGCCCAGAUGACACAGAACUAACUCUGGAAGAUGCUCUGGAGCAUAAUGCAGAAUUAGAAAAUGAAGAUUUUAUUGAAGCUCGGGAUACAGAUGGAGAACGAUUAACUGAACAUUAUUAUGAACACAUACAAGAGCCAAUUGACAGCACUGAUCAAACACAUGAAAAUGAAGCAGAUCUUCCAGAUUCUGUCACAGAACAUAUUCAGUCAAUAGAUGAAAGAGAACAUGCAGAUGAUCAGGUGGCUGAUCAACCUCAUGAUACAGAAGUUCCUGUUCAAGUGGAAGAUUAUUCAAAUGAUGAUCUAGUUGGACAAAGUGAAAAAGAAACUCAGCAGAAAGAAAAAGUUAAGAAGAAGAAACCAAAAUUGCUCAAUAAAUUUGAUAAAGGCAUUAAAGCUGAAUUUGAUGCUGCAGAGAAAUUGCGUAAAAAGGGAAAAGCAGAAGAAGCUUUGAAGGCAUUUGAAGCAUUAGUAAGCAAGUAUCCCCAAAGUCCACGGGCAAGAUAUGGGAAAGCACAGAGUGAGGAUGACUUGGCUGAGAAAGUGAGAAGCAAUGAAAUACUACAACAAUCUAUCAGUACCUAUGGGGAGGUGGCUAGUCUACCAAAUGUCCCUGAUGAUCUGAUAAAACUAACUCUGACACGACGGGCAGAUCGGGAGCAGUUUCUUGGUCGCAUGAGAGGCUCACUGGUUACACUACAGAAACUAGUUAGUCUGUUUCCUAAUGAUACUUCUUUCAAGAACAAUCUAGGAGUGGGUUACCUUUUGAUUGGAGACAACAACAAUGCCAAGAGGGUUUAUGAGGAGGUUUUGAGCCUGGCUCCUAAUGAUGGCUUUGCUAAAGUGCAUUAUGGCUUCAUCCUGAAGGCAGAGAACAAGAUUGCAGAAAGCAUUCCCUAUUUAAAAGAAGGUCUGGAAUCAGGAGACCCUGGCACUGAUGAUGGCCGCUUUUAUUUUCAUUUGGGUGAUGCCAUGCAGCGAGUUGGAAACAAAGAGGCUUACAAAUGGUAUGAACUUGGGCACCAACGGGGUCACUUUGCAUCUGUCUGGCAGCGUUCUCUGUACAAUGUCAAGGGCUUAAAGGCUCAGCCAUGGUGGACAGCAAAGGAAACCGGUUACACAGAACUGGUCAAGUCCUUAGAGAGAAAUUGGAAGGCGAUUCGGGAUGAAGGGCUUGCUGUGAUGGACAGAGGAAAGGGGCUCUUUCUGCCUGAAGACGAGAACUUGCGAGAGAAAGGUGACUGGAGUCAGUUUACUCUCUGGCAACAAGGAAGAAAAAAUGAAAAUGCCUGUAAAAGUGUUCCCAAAACAUGUGCUUUAUUGGAACGAUUCCCGGAGGCCACUGGAUGCAGAAGAGGACAGAUCAAAUAUUCUGUCAUGCACCCAGGCACUCAUGUCUGGCCUCACACAGGGCCUACAAACUGUAGGCUGAGGAUGCAUUUAGGCUUGGUGAUUCCAAAAGAAGGCUGCAGGAUUCGAUGCGCUAAAGAAACAAGGUUCUGGGAAGAAGGGAAGGUUCUUAUCUUUGAUGACUCUUUUGAACAUGAAGUGUGGCAAGAUGCUGAUGCUUAUCGUCUGAUAUUCAUUGUGGAUGUCUGGCAUCCGGAAUUAACACCACAACAGCGACGUACCCUUCCAGCCAUUUAAGGGUGCUUGAAGCUUUCGCCUUUGAGGUCCAUAUUUUAUUUUGGGAAAUGCUGGCCUUGUGAAACAAAACAAAAACCACACUAAAUUGUAUGAAGAAAUCUGUGUAUGGACUUUAAAGCAUCCUAUUCUCUGUAUUAUACCAUUACAGCACUGGUCUGAUUGCUCUGUAUUCAUGCUGCAAGUACAGAUUUCUUCUCUUUUAUCAACCAAAGAAUGUUCUGUGCUAUAUAUCAGAAAAGGACUUCUGCCAAUGUUUGUUAUGCCAGCGUUAUGUGUAUCACUGCUAGGCAUACUCUUGGUGCACUAGUCACUUAAUUACUAAUGCUUGUGUGUAAACAUAAGGGACACAGACUUGCAGAUACUGUUAGUGUGCACUUUCUAUUCAUUUAAAGGGAUGUUGUGCAGUAGCAGUGCUUGGUAGAUUGCGGCCCACAUCAAUGCUUCUAUAGCUAUCCUUUUAAGGACAUGCACUAACAGUUACAUACAAGCAACCUGGAAAUUUGUCAUACUGCAUGUAGUAAUUCAUUUAGAUUUAAGUCAAUGAACUUGGAGUGUGUGCUGUAGAUAAUGUGAGAAGAUGGUUUUGUAUUGUAUUUUUUGUGGAUAAUUGUGUUUUUCUAUCAUCUGUGGAUACACUUUUCUGGAUCUUUAUAAACCACUUUCCUUUUGUAAUUUUCUUUUGUAAGAACAGCAACUAACCUUAAUUUAGCAGUGAUGAGGUUUAUUGCGAACAGCAUUUUAUUAAGCUUUGCCUUCCAAGGUGGGAAAGCAAAUACACAUUUCCCUUGUUCAGUUCCUGGUUUACAGUGCUUAUAACCCAGCUCUGAUAUCUGUGUUUAUUUCUCUCAUAGAAAGGUUCUGUGUGUCUUUCUAAAAUGGUAGAAAGCCUCUCAUUGAAAGAAGCACAAACUCUGAUUAGGAGAUUGUUCUGGGGGAAAAUCACAUUCAGAGCCAAUUUGUUUCCAGUGUGGAUACUGGUCAGCUUGUGUGAACUAGUACCCGUGUGGUUGUGCGGAUCCUACCUGAAACGGAGGGGGGGGGGAAGAGCCAACUGACCUUCCAUUCAAAUUUAGUGAAAAACAAUAUGACUUGAAUGUUGUAUUUUUAUUCAGUCUGUGAAUGCCACACAUAUUACUUGCACAGCCUUUGCUGCCACAAGAGUCACUGCCCAGGGGCACACUUUUAAGUUUCAUCUUUGAAUUAGUGACAUAGAAUGAUCUAAUAGGGAACAAGAUCAGCAUCAAUGCAGCUUUGGUUAGACUUGUUAAAUUAUGAUGACCAACAACAACACAGCUUCUCCUUUGAACAAUUCACUCUUCAUGACCAAAAUGUACACGAUGUCAGGUUUCAUGCACUGAAAUAUGCCAAACUCUACAAUGGAUGGGUUUUGUAGAGCUGUACUUUUGAAAUUACUAGGAAGUUCUGAGAUACUACUAAACUGAUCAGAUGAGAAAUGUUUGCUACAGGAUUGUCUGAAUAAUAUUUUCUAGCAGUAUGGUCAGCAUUUCAUAAUGAUAGUAUCCAGGGCCUUUUUUAUUUUCUUUGAAUGGAAAGGAUUCCUAUGUAGAAUGUUUAUAAAUAGCUGCUUUUUUUAAGUACAGAUUGAAGACUUGAAAUGAAAGUGGGAACAAACAUGUGCUGUUCCAUCUGGGAAACAGCAGGCUACAUUUUCCUGUAGCCCUCAUUAGUUCAGCAUUGUUCAGCAUUACUUUAUCCCAGUUUUGCCUGAAAACAGGUACUUCAUGUAUCAGGCAAAUAGAAUAUAGCAAUCUACUCUAAAUUACAUGCACCUACAUGUAAAUUGUUGAUCAUUAUGUGCUGUGGUAUAUUGUGCAUAAAACAAGUGCCUUCUAUGUAGCAGUGUGGAAUUUUUAUAUGUAUAUUAACAGUUUCAGCAUUGAAAUAGUUUCUAAAUUUUGCUUUGAUAGUAACAAAUCAAAAUGCUGGUUUCCAUGCACUGUAGCUGCUAGAAU